AUGACACCCCUCUACCUCGUCAUCAAAACCCAAACCACUCACGACGCCAAACCGAACUACGCCGCGACCUCGCUCGUCCCCUCAGGCCUCCCCUUCCCGGCCGCCCACACACCCUCCCCCUUCAACCCCAUUCGCAGCCACCACAUCGCGCGCAACAUCCCGCACACCACCGCCGACGUGACGGAGAACUACGACGUCCGCAUCUCCUGGGAGCAUGACACCUCCGCCUGCGUGUCCGUCGUUGCGUCCAGCAACGACAAAGAAGCCGCCGGCAUCGUCAUGCACGAAGCCGUGGACGUGUUCGUGGCCGAGGCCGCGGCGGAGCUUGCGAGGGGUGAGGAACACGUGAAGAGGCGGACCAAGACAACGUAUGACGGGGAGUACGAUCUUGUGUUUGCCGCCGGGAUGAGGACAGGGAAAGGGGGAAAUGUGGGUUUUGAGAUGUUCUGUGUGGAGAUUGCGCCGGGGGUGGGACUGCGGUAUGGAGUGUAUGCGGGCGUGGAUAGGGGUGAGGAGAGGGAGGGGGUGGAGAUGGGGGAUGCGUUGUUUUGA